UCAGUCAGUGUUGAAUAGAAGGAAACGGCGGUCAGUGGCUUUUCCUUCCCCUGAAAGAGAAUUUCCUCCAUGGCUGAAGCCUGUGAGUGUGUGUGUUAGAGAGAGAGAGAGCUCCGUCAGACCCUCAGAGCGCCGGCAUGGACACACUACUGAUGAAGACGAGGAUGAGGAUCAAUACACUGAUGCUGAUGAUUAUUGUGACGCUGGAGAUCUGCUCUGCGGCCGGUGGUUUUCUGAUUGCGCACACUAGUAAGGGCGUGUGUCUGAGCUCUCAUAAGGGAGCGGUGGUUCUGCGGCGGUGUGAUGAGCACAGUCCAGCCCAGCAGUGGAUGUGGACCAGCAGUCUGAAGCUGAGCCACACGCUGAGCUCCAGCUGUCUGUGGGUGAACCAGAGCUCCAUUGUCCCCCGCCAUGCCCGCCUGCUCAGACUGAGUCACUGUGCCGCUGCACCCGCCUGGAGCUGCUACGGCCCCCGCGGGACCCUUGGGCUGGCAGAGACGCCCAUGUUCCUGCACAAACAGGGCGCUCGGGUCGUGGUCCACCCCCAGCAGAAACACUCCAACUGGUCCAUGAUCACUCUGGACUCUGGAGGACGAAGGCGGAGCAUGCCUCUGUGCCCGAUCAUAGGCCCAUCCACAGUUUCAGCAGUGAAAUCCACAGGAGAAAUGACCACUCUAACUGUGCCACUCUGGACCCAGAGCAGAGCUGUGACGCACCACAGUAACACGGUCAGAAGCAGGACUAAACGCACUGUGACCACUGCACUGGGGGAUCCCACAACAUUCACCAGCCGCACAGAGAUCAAGAGGAAUCAUACACUGGAGACAGAAGCACCCUACGACACCGGCGGCAUCACAGAGCCAUCCUCCACCGCUCGGAUGCUGACCAGAACACUUCACCAGACACUAAAUAUCACCCAGAGUAGAGAUCAGACAGUAGAGUCCACCUCAGAUGUUGGCCAGACAGUAGAGUCCACCUCAGAUGGUCGUCGGACUGUAGAGUCCACCUCAGAUGGGCGUCAGACAGUAGAGUCCACCUCAGAUGGUCGUCAGACAGUAGAGUCCACCUCAGAUGGUCGUCAGACUGUAGAGUCCACCUCAGAUGGUGGUCAGACAGUAGAGUCCAUCUCAGAUGGUGGUCAGACAGUAGAGUCCACCUCAGAUGGUGGUCAGACAGUAGAGUCCACCUCAGAUGGUGGCCAGACAGUAGAGUCCAUCUCAGAUGGUGGUCAGACAAUAGAGUCCACCUCAGAUGGUGGUCAGACAGUAGAGUCCACCUCAGAUGGUGGUCAGACAGUAGAGUCCACCUCAGAUGGUGGUCAGACAGUAGAGUCCAUCUCAGAUGGUGGUCAGACAGUAGAGUCCACCUCAGAUGGUGGUCAGACAGUAGAGUCCACCUCAGAUGGUGGCCAGACAGUAGAGUCCAUCUCAGAUGGUGGUCGGACUGUAGAGUCCACCUCAGAUGUUGGUCAGACAGUAGAGUCCACCUCAGAUGUUAUUGAUCGUACAGUAGAGUUAACCUCAAAUGUUAUUGAUCGUACAGUCGAGUCCACCUCAGAUGUUAUUGAUCGUACAGUAGAGUCCACCUCAGAUGUUAUUGAUCGUACAGUAGAGUCCACUUCAGAUGUUGUGGAUCGUACAGUAAAGCCCACCUCAGAUGUUGAUCAGACAGUAAAGUCCACCUUAGAUGUUAUGAAUCAGACCGUUAAUCCUCUGAUCUCUCAGACCGGGUCUUCAGCUUCAGCUUUCUCUCAGUCUGACUCUGAAACUCACAGCACUUCUGAUUCCCAGACGGGCCCGUCUGAAGGUGCCAGCAUCACCAGCGCUUCAGAUCCCACACUGACUGAGAGCUCCACCAGCAGUUCUCCAGUGUCCCACACAGAUGGCUCAUGGCCCAACGCCUCAACCAGAAGCUCAAGUACAGACAAGAGCAUCAGAGAUAUGCAGACCAUUUUGCCAUUCAGAACCAGAACCACGCGAGCGAUUACUGAAGCUCUAUCCAGCACAGAGUCCAGAUCUUCUUCAAAUACUGUCAGCAGUUCUGCUAAAACAAGAGGGAGCACAGCAUCAAGCGCAGCAGUCCCGUACACAUGGACACCUGCAACGGAAACUCACAGAUUCACCUCUAUUAUGGACUUGACUACGACUGUGAGUCCAUCGACAGCUCAGGAAACCACUGCCACCACUGCCCUGAGCACCAGAACAUCAGCUACACCCACAGCCGCUCCCACAGCUGCUCCUACAACCACUACUACAGCCACCCCCACAACUGCCUCCACAACCAUGCUGUUGACGACGGAGGCAGCGGUGUGUCUGGUGAACAUGACUGCAGUUAGUGUUGAUAUGAAGUCCUGUGGUUUCAAUUUCACCACCCCCGGACGCUCCUGCAGCUUCAUCAUGUCCGAUGGAACUCGCUUCUCCAGAUGUUUUGAAGACAGCAGCCGCUUCACAUGCCUGAUGGUGGAUCUGAAUCCCGGCACCAGAUACGUGUUUGGAAUCAUUUCAGAGUCAGACGGCGCUCAGCUAAACAUCAGUGUUCAAACCGCUCCAGCUCCUGUCUCCUCAUUGGUCCUGCGCAGUGACGGCCGCAGUGACUCUCUGAUCGCCGCAUGGGUUCCUGCAGUCGGACGAGUCGACUCGUACCUGUUGUCUCUGCGGCCCGCCGGCACGGCUCUAAUUCUUCCUGCAAACACAUCUCAGUGCAUUUUGACUGGUCUGACUCCUGGACAACAGUAUGAGCUGUCGGUGAAGACCAGGAGUGGAGCACGAGCAGCUGAGCAGACGACCACAGCCAGAACAGCUCCGGGACAGGCAGCUCGUCUGAAGCUGGAGGCAAUUCAUCCAAACACUCUGCGUUUGUCCUGGUCUCCUCCUGAUGGGACGUGGGAUUUCUACCGUAUCCUGCUGUUCAAUGGUUCCUCUGUACUGGAGAACCGGACGGUGGACCGGCUGCAGCUGCAGUUCAGCUUCACUAACUGGACUCUAAUUCCUGGACGGAGGUACAGAGCUGCUGUCAGUGUGCAGAGCGGAGAUCUGAGCACAACCACAGCCUGCCAUGGGGGAGCCGCUCCGCGUGCGGUGCAGAUGUUGAGUAUCCGCCACGCCGCUGAGUCGAGUCUGCGGGCCACCUGGAGCCCCCCGGUGGGUGAGUGGGAGAACUACACACUCUUGCUGACGGACGGAGACGCCACUGUAGACUCCAGGACAGCAGAUCACGAUGUGCGUGAAUACAGCUUUACUAACCUGAUGCCCGGACACGCCUACACCAUCACCGUGACAACCAACAGUGGAGAUCUGAGUAGCUCCGCCCACAUCACUGCAAAAACCAUCCCUGCUCAGGUCACGCAGCUGCGGGUCAGUAAUGAGGGCCGGACCGAUGCUCUGCAGGUCAGCUGGGAUGCUGCGCUGGGUCAGCUGGAUCUGUAUCGUGUGCUGCUGAUCCAGGACAGUGUGGUGGUCCGGAAUGAGAGUGUGCGGCCCAACACCACCGCACUCCUCUUCCAGAGCCUGAGACCCGGUGCUCUGUACCGGGCGGUGGUGACGACUGCGCACCGCAGCGCUCGUUCCCGGCAGAUGGUGGCAGAGGGACGCACGGUUCCAGCUGCGGUCAGAGAUGUGACGGUCAGCAAUAACGGCCGUAUGGACUUCCUGAGUGUGUCCUGGCGAGCGGCUGAAGGAGAUGUGGACAGUUACUGGGUGAGUCUGCGGGAUCAGGAGCGCACCGUACACACACUCACCGUCUCCAAGCUCAGCACAGAGUGUGUGUUCAAGUCUCUGGUGUCUGGGCGUCUUUACAACAUCUCCAUCACCUCCCGCAGUGGAGAGUUUGAGAACCACACCGCGGUUCAGGAGCGCACACAACCGUCCACAGUGCUGAACCCCACUGCCACACAUAUGGCCCAAGAACAGCUCCUGAAGGUGUACUGGCGCCAUGCGGAUGGAGACUUUGACUACUAUCAUGUCUCCAUAAAGCACAACAACAUCUUCCAUCAGAACCGGACAGUCCCUAAGAGCCAGAAUGAGUGUGUGUUCAGUGGGCUGGUGCCGGGCCGGCUCUACACAGUGACCGUCAGCACGUGGAGUGGCAAAUACGAGUCCAGUGUUUCUACUCACGGACGCACCUUGCCCGCAGGAGUGCAGAACCUGUCUCUGGCAGACAGCGGCACUGAGGAUCUCCUGGUGACCUGGGCUUCUGCUCCUGGAGAUGUGGAUCAUUAUGAAGUCCAGCUGCUGUUUAAUGACAUGAAGGUGUUUCCGCCCAUCACUCUGACCAGCAGCACCACGCAGUUCCUGCUGUCCUCACUCACUCCUGGCCGACUCUACAAGAUCCUGGUGUCCACCUUCAGUGGGCCCAACCUCAGAGUGCAGUUCCUCAGGGGCAGAACCGUUCCCAGUACAGUGAAGAACAUCCACAUCAGUAACGAGGGUCAGAGCAACAGUCUGCGGGUCAGCUGGACGCCGGGGCAGGGUGAUGUGGACCGGUACACUGUGUCUCUGUCUCCGGCCCAGGAGAGAUCCGUCCCCAAACAUGUCAACGAGGUCAGCUUCCAGCGUCUGCAGCCCGGACAGCAGUACAACAUCACUGUUACAUCAGUCAGCGGAUCUCUGAUCAAUAACAGCACAGCAACAGGACGAACAGUUCCCUCGGCCGUGUCGGCUCUACAGCUGGAGGAGCAGUGCAGCACGUCCACUCUGUCGGUGUUUUGGCUGGCGGGUCGAGGCGUGUUCGACAGCUUUCGUCUACAGCUGCUGGACGAGAGAGGAACGCUGGUGUCAAACAUCUCCACACCAGCACAGGCCGCUCAGCACACCUUCACACAGCUCACCCCGGGGAAACAGUACCGUGUCCUGAUCCAGGCCCUCAGCGGAGGAGUCAGCAGCAAUGAUGUGGGGGCUGACGGCAGAACCUGUCCGGCAAGGGUCAGUAACCUGUCAGUCAUCAGCAACACCACCACCAGCCUGUCAUUCCGCUGGGGUCCGCCGGACGGAGAGUGUGAUGGAUUUGAUGUUCUUCUGUAUGAUGAAGAUGAAAGAUUGCUUGACCAGAAAUCAGGAAUCAUGCAGGACUGCUCUUUCCUGAACCUUCGACCCGGGGUGCUGUAUAAAGUGCUGGUUUUCACCCGCAGUGGAGAUCAAACCAACAACACGUCCAUCUGGGCCCGCACAGUUCCUGCAGCGGUGACGUUCCUCCACGCUGACAGCAGACGGAGCUCUGAGAGUCUGUGGCUGAGCUGGAAGCAGCCCGUGGGGGGCGUGAGCAGCUACACCCUCCUUAUCCUCAACCCUGACGGGACCCGGACUGCAGAGCAGAGCCUGGGGCCUGACAGCCGAAGCUACCAGUUCCAGAACCUGGUGUCGGGACGCCUCUACCAGGCUGUGGUUCUCACUCACAGUGGAGAUCUCACCAACAUGGCAACCACCAGUGGCAGGACGGACCCCAAGCCUCCAGUCUCAUUCUCCUUCGGGGAAAUCACCAACACCUCGCUGGAGAUCACCUGGAGCACUCCAGAAAACACAGACUAUGACGACUUUGACCUUCAGUGGAGCCCCAGGGACCAUCUGUCUGUGUUCAACCCCUACCACAGUCCCAUAUCUGCCAACCGGAUUCUGAAAGGGAUGCACCCCGGACGCCAGUACAACAUCAGCCUCCGCACGGUCAGCGGUGCUGGAACCAACAACCCCACCUACAGCCUUCCCAUCUCUAGGACCAUCAGGACAAAGCCGGAGCGUGUUCAGAGUCUUCACUGCCGUCCGCAGAACUCCUCUACCAUUUCUUGCUCCUGGAUUCCCCCAGAAGCUGACUUUGACUCGUACACUAUCGAGUGCACUAGGAAGGACUCUCUGAGAAUGGUGUAUUCGCAGCGUACAGUCAAAGGGAACACUGUGUAUCUGAUCAGGGAUCUGGAGCCUCAUAAACACUACAUUGUCUCUGUUAAAGUCAUCUCUGACAGCAUGACCAGCGAGGCGGUGAUGGAGAACGUGGUCACCAUGAUAGACCGUCCACCACUGCCUAUGGCUCGGAUUGAUGAGAACGCAGUUAUGAUCACCAAGUCCACCAUACUGUUCCACUUCAACUGCAGCUGGUUCAGUGACAUCAACGGCGCCGUGAAGUUCUUCACCAUCGUCAUCAUCGAGUCUGACG